UAAUGGACGACUCUUAAUUUAUUUUUUCCUAAUUUCUUAAAAAAUGUCACAAUUUGAAAUUUCUAACAGCAGAUGGCGCUCUCCUCGCUAGUUCAAAAUGUUAAAAAUCUUGGAUCAUUCUCCGUUUAAAAAGUUGAACAAAGUUAUCUCAACAGCUAGGAAUUUGCCCGACAAAAUUAUAAUCACGACGAAAAAGGUAGUAUUUUUUUAGUUGUAAUUUUCUUAAACUAGUUUAACGCUCCAAUAAGUAAUCAUUUAACUUCUUAAUCGAUUGACCAAUUAUUUAAGUUCCCUAAAUGAUUGUGCUUUGAGUCAGAUUCUGAUUCUCAACAUCAAUCAAACUACACAACAAAACAACUUCAAGUUUCAAGUCUGUUUUUCAAUGAUAAUAUCAUCUUUUUAUUUUUAAUCAACAACUGCUUGAAUAAUUUAAUAAUUUUAUUCAUCAUUAUUGUCAUUGGACUUGGUCGAUUGGACUCAUUCAAAACUCAUAUAUCAUUUAUCAUAUAUCAAUAUAUCAUCAUAAUUCGUAUGAUAUGUGAUAAUAUGUCUGAUGUCAUAUGAAUAUGGUAAUAUGAUACUGAUAGAAUUAGAAAUAAAUUAGAAUCAGAAGUUAGAAUGAUAGUGAUAGUAUAAGUAUAGUAUUAGUAUUAGUAAUGAUAGUGAUUAUCAAUAAUUCAAGUCUUCUUUGAUUUACACUGAGUGUGACACUGAUUCAAUCAAACUGAUUUUAUCUGAGGGUACCGUACCGUACAGUAUAAUUUUUUUUUAAGACUAAUUUUUUUUGCAAAGUGGAUGCGUACACCGCGGCGGUGUACCUAGUGAAACCAUCGGCUUUGGCCUGCGUAAACUGCGGCUGUGUACCUAGCGAAAUGGUGUGCUUUGUCCUGGGUACACCGCGGCAAAAAUGUACCAUUGGCCUGGUUUUAAGAUAUGCCUGUUAGAAACGAUCUUGUGUGGUCAAGUGGUAGAGUGGCAGCUUGGGGAUAUUAUGAGAUCAAUUCCCAGUAGGGGAUCAAGUUUUUUUUUUCCAUUUUAAUUAAAAAUAUUUUAUAUUUAAAUUAUCGUGUUCAUUUUCAAUAGUAGUUUCAUGAGAAGUUUUUAAAUAUUUUGUAGCAAUUUAAACAAUUUAAAUAUAUGUUAUAUUCAUAUUUAAUAUUUAAUUUAUCAAGUGUUUCAACAAGUUGUGCCUGCCUUUUAAUUUGAAAAUACCGGUAAUAUUCGUAAUAAGACAUUAGAAAACAAACUGAAAGUUUCAGAAAGCGCAUGUAUAGGGUAUGUAACAUGUAUAAAUGUAUAAGAGAAACAUUUUGAAUACUAAGUUACUAAGUGAUAUUUUAUUGUAUUUCAACAUUCUUCUUGUAGUUGAAUAUAAUAUUUACAUUUUACUUUUACAAACACCCAAAGAAAAUACCAGUAUAUCAAUAUCAUAUGAAUAUUAAUGUGCAUGGUUAUAUUUCAACCAUCUUGCUUUCACUAUGCAUUAGCAAAAUGUACACACGAUAUCAACGGUUCAUUCACAACCCUCAGUCUCACAGCAAAACCUUUGAAAACACCACGAUUUUAGAAACUUACGGCGUGGUAGCAAACUGUAUAACAAAGCCAUAACCAUAGGUCUGCAUUUACCCUGUUUAUGACGGAAUUUGUAUCCAGAAUGGCGUGGCAUGUGCUAUUCUCAGAGUAAAACAUGACGUUUUCUCACAGAAACCAUUGCACAAAGUGCUUGGGACAGGAUUUGCACUAUUUCAAAGUUUUAUUAUUUGUUGUGUUUUGUUAAGAAAUCGAUCCUUGCUAGGGGUUGGAGGUGAGUUAUGGGCAGAGGCUUAACCAAAAAGGGGACCUACACAAAUCACAGCUCUGGAUAAGGGUUGUCCACAAAGGACGUCCGCGCAACAAACUUACCUUUUGCAUCCCCCCAACCCGGAGAGUUGGUUGGGUGGGAUGCUGAUGUCCGCCGGCAUUUUUUACUAAUGUGUAAUGCCAAUGUGAAACUGAUUCAAUGAUGUUUGAUUAUUGAUAAAAGAGUUUUAAAAAUCACUGCAGUGUUUCGUAUUGAUCAUCAUACUGUUGUUUUGUGUUGACAAUCGCUUGAUAUCACAAUUACAAUGCCUCUGACAACUUUAACUUCAUUACUUCAUGAUCUAUGUGUGUGAUUCUCUUCCCAUUAAUGUCUUUGUGGCGUAAUUAUAUGUUGGUGCUAACAAAAUAGAUACACUGGCUUCCUAUUCAUUUUUACACCACAUCUCAAGGGAUCACAUACAAUAUUAUAAUUAUAAUGCCCUCCCCCCCCAAAAAAAAACAGAGGGGGGAUAAUUUCAUAUUAGCUACCCUUUUAUGCCUAUUAAGAUUCACAAUCAUAUGAUAAAACUUAAAGAAUUAAUAAAUAUAUUUGUAUUUCAAUAUAUGGGGGAAAUAAAGUGGUUAACUUUAAAAAUAAAUAAUGGUUUAACAUUACACCCCCAGCCCUCUCCCUUCCAAUAAAUAUUAAGAAAUGCUCUACAAGUACUUUGCCACGUGAGCGUGGAACUUACUCAAUAUCUUCCGCCAAAGGUACUAAACGAUUUUUAAAUAAAUAGUUUUCAGUUUUAACAAGAGUAUAACAUUAAAUCUACAAGUACCGGUUAGGCCAAAAAGUUAAAGACUCGCAAAGACCAUUGUUUUGCUACUUAAAAUCACUGCAGUGUACGCAGGCCACAGACAAUGAUUUAGCUAGGUACACCACCACGGUGUACGCAGGCCAAAGUCAAUAGUUUCUCUAGGUACACUGCCGCUGUGUAUGUAGUGCCGGCCUUUUUUUUGUAGAAUUAAAUUUUACCUCCAGCUCCAAACAGCCACUAUUGUUUUAACGAUCACUAUGCCAUUAGUUUUUUAAAAUUAUAUUAUUAUGAACCAAUAAUUGAUAAUCUACCACUUGAGCAUUGUCAUUGGUUAAGAAAAAAUCUAGUUGUUACGGUUGGAAGUGCUAUUUAAAUUUAAACAGUUAUUCUUUUAAUUUUAUGAUAAGAUCUAAAAGAUGGAAAUAUUUUUUUUAUAACAUUGAACACAUUCAUUUCAGCACAUAAUAAUAUAAAUAAUCCAAGACAUAUAAAAAAAAGAAAAGUGAAAAAAGAAAAUUAUUUAAAUGAAUUAUGCUAAUUAACUUAAAACGGAAGCGGAACUAUUAAUAAACAUGUCAAUAAAAGAAUAACCGUUUAACUAGCAUUUCUACCAGAACGACAGGAUAUUUUCAUAACCAGCACUUAAGUGGUAGAUUAUCCAAUAAAUUUCAAGAUGUAAUAUUACAAUUGGUGCUCUGAUCAAAUUUGGUACCCAGGGGUUUCAAAAGAUGUGCUACUCAUUUGACAGUGUUUUUGCACUACUUUUUUUACACGGUCGCCAUCUUAGUGACCAUGAUGACAGAAGGGAGACUCUGUGUUAUACGGUAAAAUAUUUUAAAAAAACAAGAGAAUAGUUUAACUUUCAUACAAGCAAACUAGUCAUACAUUUUGUUAUCAUUGGUUAAAUAACGCAACUUUAUUGUAUCCCUCUUUGAUAUGCAGCAAGAAGUGUCAAUGACCUGCAACCACUCCAUUACUAACUUUAUUACAGUUUCCACCGAAAAUCCAAAAUACUGUAUUACACGCACUUUUUCUCCCUGAAAAUAGGGGCAAAUGAUGUGUGCAUUUUAUACGCCUAUAUAAUGUUAAGGACCCAUAGUACAUACAGCAUAGCGGCGCGAACAGUGCGUGUUAUCCGCCUGUGCGUGUUAUACGCCGAUAAAUACGGUAUGUCAGGAAAGUCAACAUCAAUUUUUCAAAAUAGUCAGGCCAGCAAAAAAUAGCCUUGUUUUGAAAUAUUGUAAUUAACCACACUAUGAAAUAUUUAUUUUAAAAGCCUUCAAUCAAAGAUAUCCUAUCAGCAUAAAUAUGUAAUAAAGGGAGUAGUUAACUCCAGUAACAUUUGUGGCUAAAUAAAGCGGAGAGAAUCCUACGCAUAAACUCAGGGUGGCGCGGAAAGCCUAAAUUGACACUUGAUUGAUUUCCAGAAAACUUGACCAGGUGAACCAGUUUGCUCAGGACUAGAACUUGACCAUAAUAAAUUUUGUUUACAGACACACCCUGGGGAGGAGAAUGAGGUUUGACAACUUUUCCUAGUAAUUUAUGGCAUUUAGGUCCUGCAUGGACAAUCACCUGAGUCGACUCCAAAGUAAUCUUGACAGAAAAGCCUUAAAAUUGGAAAUACCUGGAAAAAGUCAUCAAUCAUCCCCCAUCCCAUGAUAUUUAAAAAAAUUCCGGUCGUCGGUUGGUUCCUGAGCGAACUGGCUCCACCAGUCAAAGUUUUGCAAGAAUUUGAACCUGCAUUAAGAAAACCCCUUCAUAUAUGUGACUGUGUGAUGUAACUUGUGACAUAAUGAGAUAUGUCAUUACCUAUGUCAUUCCAAAAAAAAUAAAGUAUGUAAGAACAAACAUUUUGCAUGAAAAAGGGAUGAUUUUGACACCUUAUUAAGAUUAGCGCCUGGGCUGCAAGGUGGAAAGGGCAUACAAAUUUGAUAUAUUUUUUUUAGAUACUAAUAUAUGGAUUGCAUCUAUUUGUGUUGUUAUUGUGUAACUUUAUUUCUUUUUUGAUGAAUUAUGAUAAUAGAGGGAGGAGGGAAGGUACAAAAUGGUCCAAAAUAGUUUGGCAUCAUUUAUUGAUGGUUCAUAAUCAAGAAAGUUCAAUAUUAUGCAUACAAUUAAUGAAAACCCCUUUUUAGAUUUCAAAAUUGAGAAUGUAAUAAACUUCCCUUAACUGAUACUUUACUGAGUCCGAGAAUCAAUUUAUUUCAUUUAGAAUAAUCUCUUGCCCUGUAUACAGCUCUUUUUAUAAUCAUUGUCAAACAUUAAUUUUUCAUUUAAAAUGAUUACCUAUGAAUGCGCCAUUAAACAACGGAGUCAGGCUACCUUUAUCAGUCAACCAAGGGUAGUUAACAAACUAAAAUCUGGGUUUACAAAAUGAGUAAAUUUAGUUUAGUAAGCUUUACCACGGCUGUCAUCUUGACCUCAUUUUUAAAUAGGAUUCAUCAGCAAUAAAGUGUUUAGAUAUCCCUGAAAUUUGGUCUAGUGGUAGAGGAUAUGCUAGUCAUGCCUGUGUUUUGGCUUUCUAAUCUCAGACAAUGAUUAAGUUUUACUUACCUCCUUUUUUUGUUUUCGUCUUAAAAAAAUAUAAUUUUUAUUAUUAGGCUAAAUUAUUAUAGUAAUAGCUACAAUUAAAUUCAUUUGUAAUGUAGCCUACUCCUUUGAAUUUAUUAUGUGCUACCAAAAUGUUUUCUUAACAUAUAAUUUAAAUAAUGUCUCUUCACUCACAUGAAGCUAAUGAAAGAAAACAUUUUAGGCCCAAUGAUAAUUUAAUUUUAUUGCUUGAAUGAUGUGUAAGAAAAGAAGACAACAAUGUAACGAGUAAAGGCACAUUUUAAGAAAUAUAAAUAACUAGUUCAUCCUGAAUUUGAAAAUGAUUCCUCAAUAAUUGUACUGUCUUUUUUUCUCAGAUCAUUCUCUGUAAAAUACGACAGACCUACAAGGAAUAUUAUUUUGACACCUAAAACAUGGGGGAUGACACAGAAUGGCUUAAAUUACCUACCGAGGAGAAAUGCCAACACAAGGUAAAUAUUUUGCUUGGUUUUUGAUGGGCUACAUUUUAUUUUUGUCACAUAAAAAUAUUUAAAAAUGAAGAAAGAUAGCCUUACACAAAAAACCAAAAAAGCACAGUGGUUAAAACUAAAACUUCUAUUUUUAAAAUUUGAACUUGUGUCGCACUGUCCUUGAUCGAAGUUUAAAUACAAAUACAGGCAUGGAAAGCAAGGGUUGCUGGAUAUGAGGAAGUGACCAAGCUGUUUAAUGGUCUUGAUGAAAAGAGUCCAGAAUUUAAUCGCUAUGGUGGGCUACUGAAAAAAUUUGUUACCGAUGCAAAUGCUGUGGCACAAGAAAAAGGAUUAGAAGCUGUUUAUGCUUUUGUGGAAAAUGCCUCAACUACCAUUUGUGGCAGGUAAGAAAAACUUAUUUAGGUAAUACUUAAAAAUUUUACUGCGAAGGAAGAAUUUUUUUAGGCACCUACUUUUUAAUUAUUCAUCACUAUUAUUUGUAAACUGUUGCUUGUUAUUACAGAUUUAAAGAGUUGCUACUUUAAAUCAACAUCUAAUAAAUUUUAACCUAGAAAUAUUUUAGCUACACCUAUUUUGCAAUCAGUAAAUCAAAGAUCCCUCAGACAUUAUAUCUUUAAAAAUUCAAGUGCUCUGCCAAUUUUCACAUUUCAGGGAUAUGCAGAAAGUUAAAAAUGAUUCCAUAAAAAAAAAAAAGGAACUUGAAGAAAAAAAAAGACAUUACUUAUGUACUUAAGUCAAGAACAAUAAAAUGAGGAUAAAAUAUUAUGCCUAUUUCCAAUCAGGGCCAUUGUGAUAUGAAAGAUGUGUCUUAGAUCAGCAUAUGCUUAAAUAUUUUGCUGUGGGUGAAAAAUAUCUCAUUAUGGCUCUGUACCUACGUUCAAAUGGACUUUUUUCCAAAAAAUAAAUUGACAUUAAAAGCUUUUUAUAUUAAAUGGACAUUAAAAGCUUUUUAUAUUGCAUUGCUGUUUGAAUAAAUUAGUUUAUAUUUGUUUAAUAUAAAUUUCUUCUUCUCUUAGGACUUGUAAUGAAGUUGUCAGUGGCAUUAUAGCCAAAUGUUUUAACGCCAGCAGACAGAAGACCAAAGACAAAGGUGUAGAAAUCAUCUUGCUGUACAUUGAAGCAGAGAAACCUGAUAUAGUUCAAGUAAGCAUUACUAUUUUUUAAUUAAGUUUUAAAAACCAAAGAAAGAGCAAUAAAUGUUCUUUUGCGUAACGCAACAUUGAUUUUGCUUACUGGUGAAUUCCAUGUAAAAGUGGACACUACAUCAAAAAAUUAUCAUGGAUCUUGGUAUGGAGUCAUAUUUAGUAUCAUGUUGUGUGUGACACAUGUCAUGGUGGCCAUCAUGAAUUAACAUGUUGUCUGAACAUUUUAUUGUUUACAUCUAAUAAAUAUAGACAGACAAUAUUUAUUGUCAUGGCCAAUGUCACAUAAUGGAAAAACAUUAAAACACCAUUAUUUAUGUUUAUUUAAGUUAAUUUAACUUAUUUCUGUAGUCAUUGGUCUGUGCAUAAAAUAUUUUUAUAAAUUAAUAAAAAUAAAACAUAUUUAAGUUUCGUCUACAUGCAAUUCGAAUUCUUUGUUUACAUAGAGUGCUAAUCUACACUUACUGCGCAGUCUUUCUUUGCAUAUACCUAUUAAGAAAUUUAAAAUUAUUUUCUACUUUAAGGACAUUUUAACUUGUCUUUUAAAAGUCUUUUUUAUCAAGUUUAACAAAAUAUUUUUUACUACUAUUAUGCUUAAUAUGCUAUUGUUUUACAGUCUUCCAACUUAAGACAUAAAAACAAUGUUUUAGUUAAAUUAAGCACACUUAAUGGAAUUUUUCAUUUAUACUGGAUGCAAGUUGAAAUUAUUUUUCUGAAAGUUAUGUCAGUUACUAUGGAAUUCACCAUCUAAAAGAUAAUAAAAAAAGGGAUUAUCCACUUGCAGUGUACUUUAAAACCUGGAGCAAUAAUUUUUUUGGGUUCAGGUACUUUCAGAUGUAGAGAAUUUAUAAUAAUGGAAUAAAAUUGGGACAAUUUCUCAUUAAAAAAGACAACUAAUAAAUUACAUUAUAAAAUAUUGCUAUUGAUGCUAUGAUCAUGAAUAACACCAGGGCAACAGUGAUUCAAGUAUUUUCAAUCAAGAACUUGUGUUUUUAUAUGUAGAUGAACUGUCUCAUUAAAUAUAUGACCUUUUAAUUGCUUUGGCCACCAUUCAAAUCUAUUUCAAUAUUAUUUUUUUAUAAGCUAAUUAAUUAAAUAAAAAUUUGUUAUAAUGUUUCCUUUUAAAGUUUGGUAUUUGAACUUAAUAGUACACUAAAUCUUACAGGAAUGUCUGAUGGCAGGGAUGGAAAACAAACAGCCCAAAGUUGUUAUAGGAUGUGUUCAGACAGUUACCUUGGCCUUGAGGUGGGUAUAAAAACAGAAAUCAAGAGCUUAGUUUGUGGCAUGUUAAAAUGUGUGUACCAUUCCAUUUACUUCUUAAUUAUAUGUUAAGAUAGUUUGUGUCUAAGAAUUGUCUGGACAAUAUAUUUUAUUCAUCAAAUUUUAAAAAAUGUAAAAUAAAUGAAAACUCAUUUGAAAGUGGAAACUGAAUGACAAGGAAACACUCGUUUGUGUUGCUUGUUCUUUGAGUGCUGUGUUGACAAGAAAAAUAUUUAAUGAAUUUUCAAUUUGAUAAAUGAGUUGUACGUAUACGCUUUGUCUGUAGAAUGUCACAUGUCCAGAACUAAGGCGAUAGUUCUUCUUUCUCUUGCUGCAGGACUGUGGGUUAUCAUUCCCCAUGUCCUGUCUCAGUUUGUGUGCCUAACUUAUAUAAUCAGAUACGUGAGAAUGUAUACCGUUUAAUAAUAGUUUGUGCACUGGUGAAGAAAGAUGGGAAUGGAGAGGGGCACUCCGCCCUGAGUUACAACUUUUUUGUGGCAACAUUUUCGGUCCACUUCUUCAUAUUACGUUAUGGCAUUUUUAAAAAAAUUCCUAAUCUGCAUGUUUUUAAUUUCCAUGAAGUAAGUGCACAAAAUCAAGUGUCACAGACUCUUAGUUGCGCCACAAUGUGUGCGUAAGCAUUAAAAGUUUUUUUUUCUAGUGUAUUGAUUGUUCUCAAGUAACUAUUCUACAACAUUGGCCUCCCCAGGUUGAUAAGGAAGGUAGUAAAAAGAAUGAGAUGAUCACAAGGGAGGCAAAAGAAAGUUUCAUUGGAUAGGUUCCUUGUUAAAGUUGCAAAAACUGAAAAAGAUUUUAGUGAGCCAUGAGACAACAGUCAUAUUAAUACCAGUUGUUAAAGUCAUCCUGCAUAAUAACCCUCCUCCUUUCCUUUAUCUCAUCUACAAUCACCGGCCACUAUUAGAUUAAUACAUUUGAACACUAUAUCAGCGUUUCCCAAACUUUUGUUUUUAUGACCCGGUUAUUUUGAUAUGACUCAUUAACAUUUGUAUAGCCUAUACUGGCAUAUAGUAACAUAUUACAGAUAUGAAAGUCCACACAGUUAUCCUAUAUUAUAAUAAAGUAUUUACUCACACAAGACCGUAAAAAAAUAAAACUUACCAAAAGUUCAGUAAUGAGUACGUCACGAUAAUCUAACUAGCUUUUCAAACAUUUUCUUCUUCUUUCAGCGACCUGUUAUUUUUCCUUUUGUUGCCGGUACUAGGUCACGGCACGUCAUUUGGGAAAACGCUGCUUUAUAUAAUCUGAAAUGUGUAUGAUUAAAUAUGAAAAUGUAUUUUGUAUUAACCAAUUUUGGGGUUGUGGAACAAAGCAUGUUAAGUUUCGAAUAUUUGUAAUGGGAAAUUCUCUUUGAUAUAUGAGAGUAUCGGAUUACAAAAACAUUUCUAAAACAAAUUAUAUCCGUUAUCCAAGAAUUAACUGUAAAUGUUUGUGCAUUUCUCCAGGGAUUUUGGAACAAAGGUGAUACAGGUUAAGCCAUUGCUGAAGUUUCUUCCCAAGCUGCUAGAUGACAGAGACAAAGUUGUCAGGGAGGAAACUAAACAGUUGGUCAUUGAACUCUAUCGGUGGAUUGGGGCAGCACUCAAGCCCCAGAUGACCAAUUUUAAACCCAUUCAGGUUUGUUUUUGAGCUUUUUAACAUUUACCACAUUUUAAAGGCCCAACUGGUGACACGCCCUUCUGAAGCCUACCACCUAAAUAUUUCUCAGCAUUAUCCCCAAUUCUUGAUCUUUAUUAGGUUCAGGAGCUUGAAGCAGAGUUUGAAAAACUGCCUCAAGGAAAAGCACAGCAGACAAGGUUUAUGAGAUCUCAGCAAGACCUGAAAGCCAAAAUGGAACAGCAGACUGCUGUGGCUGCUGAAGGUGGCAGUGAUGAAGUAGAUAAUGUUGCAGGUUAGAAUUUCAUUUUUUUGUUCAGUUUUAUAAAUCAACAUAAAUCAAUCAGGAUAGUUCCCAUCGAAAAGGUUAACCAAAACAAAUUCCUUGUAAAAGAUCUAAGAAACUAAUGGCUGUGUUCAUACACAUUUUUGUUCAAACUUUUUUUAAUUUAAUAGUCCUUGUGCUCAAUAAUUAGCAUUUUGUAAAAAUUUUCCGUAAAAGUAAAACAUGUCAUAAAUUAAAGAAAUUGAGAUUUUUUAUUAAAAAUAAAUUUAAACAAAAUUAUUAUUAUUAUUAUUUUUUUUAAUUAUAUUGUUUUAAAAAAAGUUUUAAGUAAUUGACAAGCACAAACAUAUAAACAAACAGAAGAGCUGUUACCAUUUAUUUUUUUAAACAUAUAAAUCCUGUUCUACAAAGAAAGCCAGUCAUAUUAUCUUUACCAGAGAAAUGUUAUCUUUAAUUAUAUUUUUGUUUUCACAAACUUUUUACAUUACUUCAAAUAGCUUUUUGGUGACAGCUGGAAAGGUAGACCACAUUAGCUAACCAUGUAUACCAUGUGCUUAACUCAGACUGUGUCAUUUAUUUCCAGAAGAGGAAGCCAUUGAUCCUUAUGAUCUGAUGACACCAGUAGAUCUUCUUGCUGGGCUGCCCAAAAACUUCUAUGAACAAAUUGUAAGGCCUUUAUAUGAGUUGUUGAAUGUGGCUGUGUCCUUUGUUUGUGCUAUUCAGUGGCUGUGCCCUUUGUUUGUGCUAUUCAGUGGCUGUGUGUCGAGAUGUUGUAUCUGUUGUGUUGCAAAUCAUCCACUCAUGGCAAUGAGUGUCUAUUCAUCCAGCCAAGUCUCCCACUUGAUCACCGAACAGCACAACCAAUAGUAAUAGUCUCCAAAUCAACAAACACUCCACGGUUCGUUACAAUAUAUAAAUUUAAUAUGCCUCUUCAACAUGACAAUCAGUGUACUUCACUAUACAGCUUGUAACCGUUCAACUUCACAAUAUAUCUAGUUGAAAUCCUCACACAUAGAAACAUCACACAAGAAGCUACAUCUUGAAUAGUGCACAACGGCCAUCUCUCUUCUCCAACAACGAAAACUAACGCAUCACUUCCCAUUACACAAUUACGUCACAACACUCUCACACAAAUGAUACAGCUACACGUAAAAUCUCUUACUCAACAUCUUUUCACUAUCAAACAUGACAACAAUGCUCUACACAUAACAACAGUGAUUCUCAUACCCUUGACACUGUGCCCUUUGUUUGUGCUAUUCAGUGGCUGUGCCCAUUGAUAAUGUUUGAAGGCAGUAGAAAAUAAUUGUGUUUAACUAGAGGGAAUUAUUAUCUUCUGGCCAAUCUGUUUAUAAAUAACACAUUUCUUUAGUGUUUUGUGAUAGCAGGAUUACAAAUUUUAAUUGAAAAAGGAAAAUAAUUACUUGAGUAUCAGAUAAAAGUUAAGAAUUUUUAUUGAUGCCGCAAUUAUUUUAGCUUUUCAAAAUUGAUGAUGAAUUAGCACAGUUCAGAGGGUAUGUAGUAUUUAAUUCUUACAGAUCAAAAUCUGAAGCACCAGUUAAUUUUUCUUAGUUCAUUUACAAGGGAAAAAAGUUGUGUAUGUCGGCUGUUUUCGUAAAAGCAUUUGCAAGUAAUUUGUAUAAACUCUGUAAUGUACAGGAAUCAAAAAAAUGGCAGGAGAGGAAAGAGGUGCUUGAACAAGUGGAGAAACUGGCAGAGAAUCCCAGGUUGGAGAAUGGGGACUACAGCACAUUGAUAAGAACAAUAUUAAAGGUAAAAAAGUUAUUUAUUUCAUAUUAAACAUUAAUAUUCAUCAAGCAGUAUAGUGUAGUAAAAAAAAAAAUCUUCAAAUAACUAUGUAGUUCCUCUUAGUGUGAGAAUCACUCUAUUUACCCUUGAGAAACUAUAGCUAAACUCUUGAGAAACUAUAGUUACACACUUGAAACAUUAAAAGAUAAGUGCACCAGUUCCUAUAGUCUUGGUAAAGUACUCAAGGUAAAUUUAUCUACUCUUACUUCAUCUCAAUUUAAUCUCAAAAUGUCUGAAAAUGCCAUCUAAGCCAUAGAUAAUGAUCUAGCACCCAAACACCUCAUUUAAUGCCACCCUGCUACAUACCUAAUGCCUCCAAGAUUUCUUUUACAGCUCAGCCACUCACUUAUGACAGAUUGAUGGAUUUGACACUAUCACUAAACAUAAGCAAAAGAAGAUCUCAUUUAAUGUGAUUGUCACUUAACAAACAUUUUCAACACAAUGCAUUCCUCUGUUUGCUGCUUGUGUCAGAAUGCUGAACUGGGUACAUUAUCACUAGGUUAAAAGUUAUACUGCAAAUGACAAUGAGACUCUUGCUCUGCUUGGGCCCCAAGCUUCUUGCCUCAUGUUGGUGUCAACUGGCGACAAAAUGCAAGCAAAACUCCAAUUCUCACUUUAUGUUUUUAUUGUGUACUGUGGAUAUGGCAAAAUUAAAUUUUGAACUGAACAAGACUAAUAAAAUCUCAGACUUGUGAUUUCUUUUAUUCAUCAGGUUAUUGCUAAAGACACAAAUGUUAUGUUAGUAUCCCUUGCUGCUAAAACAUUAGCUGGAAUUGCCAAGGGCUUACGAAAAAAAUUUCAGCCCUAUGCAUCACAGGUUAGACACAUUUAAUCAAGCCUUUUAUGCUUUAAAGAGUUAAGUUCUUUACAAAUUUAGAUAAUAUAAAAUUUUUAAGUAUUGUUCUCCAAAUUUUACAAUUUAUAAUAGAUAUUUCUCUGAAUGAUCUCAUUUCUCAUGUUAUUUUUGAAGGUAUAAAAAAAACAAUUUUGUUUCCAUGCUUAGAAAUAUGCGCUCCCACUUAAUUCUCUUUAGAUAAAUUUUUUAUUUUUUUUUAAUAAAGUGCGUGUCGACUAUUCUUGAAAAAUUCAAAGAGAAGAAGCAAGCUGUUGUGGUGGCCCUGAGAGAAGCCAUUGAUGCCAGCUAUCAAUCAGUGAGUCUUUUUAUUUCCAUAAUAAGGGAGGAGAGAGACUGCAAAUCAGGUUAGAUAGAGGGAAAUAAGUGAAACAAGGUUUUGUUGCGUACUUUUUAAAUUAUUUUUUUUAGGUUUUCUCAUUUCCUUUUUAUUUGCAAUAUGCUUCUUCUUUUAAAGGUCUCUAAUCCAGAAUGCUGAAAUAUUAACACUUUUUGGUUCAUGAUUUUAUUUUUAAGCUGUUUUGCUUCAUGGUUUAUUUCAUAGUUUUUCAAAACCUCAUUUAAAUAAUUUGAAGUCUCACGUAUUUAAAAAAAAAAAUUCUGUAUGCAUCUAUCCAUGUAAAUUUAACAACUUCAGAUUAACCUUGAGGUCAUCAUUGAGGACACCGUGGCAGCUCUUGAUAAUAAGAACCCGUCCAUCAAAAUGGAAACUGCCUUGUUUCUAGCCAGAUGCUUCUCCAGGUGUACGCAUGGCUCAUUGCCAAAGAAAAUGCUCAAGGCUUAUGUCACACCUCUUCUCAAGGUAUGAAGAAAGAUUAUUGUUGGUGGGAUGUUUUUUUUGUCCCCCCUGUUCUUUUCAUGAAGACUACCGUUAACUCUGCUGCAGUAAAUUAAUUUUAAAUACUUUUAAAGCAAUUAUCCACCUACUGUGAUAAUGAUUUGACUUAAGAUCAAUAGUAUGUUAAAAAAAUACUUUAAUGUUGGGACAUUAAAAUUAAUUUCAUCACCAUUUUUUCUCUCUCUCUAUUUUGUGUUUUUAUUUAGUAAGCUGAACACGUGUGUUUACAGUGUAAUCAAAACAAAUUUCCAUUUGUUUGGAUCAAUUAAAAAAAAAAAAAAAUUCUCAAACUUAUCAUUGUUUAACAGGUAUAGUUAUGUGAUUUGGUAAUGAAUGAAAUACCUGAUGUGUGGACUUCCCAUUUUUAAAAACUUGAUGAUAUGAUAUUAUUGUAGAGACAAUAUUACUGUUCAACUUAUGGUUUCAGACAAUGAAUGAAUCUGACCCAUCUGUGAGAGAAGCCUCAUUUGAGGCUCUGGGUGUUGCUAUGAAAGUUGUGACAGAAAAAAACAUAGUGCCUUUCCUUAUUGAUGUGGACAACAUUAAAAUGCAGAAGGUAAACUAAUUUUUAGGUAAUUUUGAUCUGUAUCUUAGUCAACCACAAACAUUGUGCUGGUGACUUGAUUUGAAUAAACAAAUAGUGGAACAAGAUACGUCUAGGCUAAAAAAGAAAUGAGAGGACAAUUAAACAGGUGUUUCAGCAGACAAUACCAAACAAAAUAAAAAAAUACUUCAAAAUCAAAACUUGUGUGUUCAAAAUUAUCAAAAAAGUAUGAAGUCCAAUGUCCCUCAUAUUUAAUAUCCUUUGACUUAAUUUGAUCCAUAUUGUAAUCAACCAAGAACAUGGUGGUUACUUGAUUUGAUCCAUAUUGUAAUCAACCAAGAACAUGCUGGUUACUUGAUUUGAUCCAUAUUGUAAUCAACCAAGAAAACUGUGCUAGCGCCUUGAAAUGCUGUUGUCAUUACUGAGGGCAAUUAUGGCAAUAUCAAAACAAUACCUGAGACCUUAGCUUAAAUCCCAAACAUUGUGUGGGUGUAUUAGCUUCCAGAUUGGUCUUCCACACUGUUCAUAUUUCUUAGACAGUGUUAUAAUUGAUUAUAGACUGUUUUUAAAAUGGAAAUUUCACUAUACUGUUAAUUUGAUUAUAAUAUUAUUUGAAUGUAUGGCUGUUUAAAUUAUCCUUUAUGUCAUAAGGGAAGUUUAAAUUAUUUUUAAAAAAUUAAUUAAUUUCUCAUGAGAUUAUGAAAUAUGUAUCUUGAUAUUUUCUUAUAUUGGAAAAUAUAACAAGAAGACGCAAUGAAAUUAGUAGAGUCAGUAUUUAAAACAGGUACAAAUGUAUUAAAUCCAAAUUCACACUUAAGUAUUCUACAAUUUUAGAUUCAAGAAUGGUGUCAGAAGGCUGUCCUCCUUAAUGCUAAAGGUGAGCCUCGUGGAGAUGGAAAGGCUGCUGCUGCAAAGAAACCACCUAAUGCUGCACCACCAUCAAAGGCGGGCAGUGAAGAACCAAAGGCAGUCAAGCGUCCAGCCAGUGCAGCAGCCAAGCCUGGCAAGGUAGCUCUAGUGGUGUAAAUGAUGUGCAUUAAAUGAUAUCUGCUAAAUUUUCAUAUAAAAUACUUACAUUUAAUGAUACAAUUUUGGAACUGUGAUGCCAUAAUUAAUGUUGUUUCCCCUUUGGCCAAGAUUUUACAUCUUCAAAUUCAUCUGGGCGAGUCCAAAGCUAAGGGUAAAUAGCACUGUGAAUAGAACUCAUCAUUAGACCAAUAAUACAGGAGGUAAACCUCAACCUAUUAUGUGGGUAGUUAAUGGCUGACCUGGCAGUGAUUAAAAAUUGCCUGUCAAUGCAAAAAUAGCUAUUUUUAAAAAAAGCAACAACAUUUGCAUUGCAGUAUAAAUUCAUUCAAUAUUGUUGAAUAGCAAAUGAAAUGUAGUUUUGUUCAAUUUACAAAGAGUAACAUCCUUCUCCUGUACAAAAGAAAGAGAAAAAAAAGGUUGCUCUUGUACUUAGUUUCCCUUCCAAUUUGUUUAAAAGGUAAAGCACACCAGAUCAGUUGCGUGGACAAAAACCAUUUGAUUUGCAAUUUAGAAAUAAAUUGUUUAAUGAUUGUAAAGAAAUGUAUCAUUUACAUUUAAAAUUAUUUGUUUGUUUCUUUGUUUGUCUGUGUAUUUUUAAAUAAGAAUGCCUCAUCCCGAUAUAUUUAUGUAAUGUUCAUUGUUGUUUUUGUAUCCUCUCUUCAGCCACCUCCUAAACCCGCUGCAGGAGGUACUGCAGCAAAGGGCAAACCAAAGGUAAUAUCAGCUGAACUCUGAUUUGUCUCUCUGUUAUAGUUAACCAGUUCUUUGAAUGUCUGUGGAUUUGAUUUGGGUUCAUGAAUUGCAAGCUUUAGUGUAACUUUAAUAAGUUAACUUACAACAAGAUCAUUCAUUCUUGCCUAGCGUAGAUAUAGCUGAAGAAUGAGUUUAAUACCAAAUGUUUCAUUUAGUUAGCCUCUGUCUCAAACUUAACAAUAAAACUGAUAAAAGGGAUUAUAAUACAUGUAUUUUAUUGACGUUCUUAACAAUGGAAUAUGCUAAAAAUGUAUCUUUCAAUGUAUUUGUACAUUUCAGGCGGGAAAAGCCCCAGCAAAGAAGGGUGGAAAAGUUGAAGAGAAACUGGAGCCGGCUUUGAGUGUAAGUAAAACUUUUUUCAAACCUAUGUGUAAAGCUUUCCAUUUCUGUACCUUGUGUUAAGAAGCAUGCGUCCUAGCCAAGAAGAUAUGAGCCUCUGAUUUUCCCACUUAACCCAUUAGAGAGUUUGUGCAGGCACAGCCUUGACUCCUGCUGUGGACUGGCCAUUUAUCUUGACCAUUCUGCUGCCCCGUUUCAAAAUUUAUUGAUAUGCUCUAUAAAAAUCUUAUUUGACUUAGUUUAGGGUCAAUGCUUUUAGUUGGCAUACAAUGUAUGAUUUUGAGAUGUCUUUUACAAUAGUGCGGCGAGACCUGUCAGAACUACGACUUGAAGAGACCGGGUUGGAAAAUAUAUUCCUUUUUACUUUACGAUUCAAAAAAAAAAAUUCUGUCAUUACAAUUACCUCCUUUCUACAUUGGCGAUGAAUAAACCAUCCAUAAUUAUUAUGGAGGGGACGGGUGGUGGUGUUGACUUCAGACAUAAUUUUUAAGGUUAUACAAUAGCCCUGCCUUGUUUCUUAAUGAUGAUGAGUGUAAUAUUAUUGCUUUGUGUUUUCACAAUCAUCUCGCUAGAUACAGCAACAGUAAUAUUAGCUUGGUCGCCCUAGUUACAAAUUUAGUCAAGAUUCACUUGAAAAUAGAGAAAACAUUAGAUACAUUAGAUAUAACAUAUUUUAUAAAUCUGGUAAGGGGCAUUUAAAAUCUAUUUUCAGACGUCACUAAGCAGCUGUUCAAUUUUUUAAUACCCCAGUUUUGCUCCAGCAUGCCUCUACCAUUUCCAAAUGUUGCUGGCGUUAGUAAUUAAACUAUAAUAUGUUAAUUGAAAAUAAAAUCAGGCUGAGGCAUAAUGCAGGGGUGUCUAACCUGCAGUUCACCACGUUAAAUAUUGUGGCUUGCCGGAUGAAUUACAAAUGAACUUACUUCUACAUUCAAUUAGCGAUGAUUUUCAUUUUAGCCCAGCUCCUUCUUCGGGGUGACUUCAACGUACUUCCUUGAUUUCUGCCCCCUAAUCCAUCUUUGACUAUAAAAAGAGCAAUGUUGAGACACCUGUUUUUUUUUGUUUUUUUGUUGUUGUUUUUUUUUUGUUUGUUUUUUUGCGAUAAAGCACUAUAUAUCAGCAUCAAUCAUCUACUUUGGGAGUGUGACCUUUUUUAGACAUGCAAUGCGAAUAGUUAUUGUAUACAUCAUACUGUAUGUUUACUUACUAUUACGAUAAGCUAUUGUUUGAUAUUUAGAUGUUACAUACUUUUCUGAAACGAUAUGUACUUCUUUGGGAGUUCCAGGGUAACCAGUACAGCAAACUUUGUACAAUUACAGGAUGCCUGUCCCCAUACACAUACACACAAAUAUAUGCACUAGUCUUACUACAGAAAGACCAGAAAAAUUGGAGAUUUCAGAAAGACAGGUUUUUUAAAAUAAGUCUUUAAGUAAAAGUAAAUCAUAAAAUAAUCUGAAUAUUUUGUGGUCAGUUUUCCAGGCAGUCAUCAUGGGAAAGCCCCAUGUCUCGCUUCUCUAGGGUACAAGUAUAACAGCUUUGAUGUUUUAUUUUAUUUGUAAUGGAUUUUAAAUGUUUUGUUUUAAGUUUUAGUAUUUAUAUUUUGAGUUUGAUCCACACUGCAAGCAAUUUUCUAAUGUUUAUUGAAAUUCAUUGAAAUUUUAUUUUGUUAUUUUUUUAAACUUUUAGUUUUUCAUAUGUGUUGGUCCCGAGAUUUGACUCCUAAAAUACUUUAAAUAAAAGUCCAUUCCACUAAUAGAAUAAUUUAAACAAAUAUGUCAUUAAAAGCCUCAGCAACCUUUAAAUUUUCUUGGUUUUUGUUUUCUUCUACCAGGAUGAAGCUGUAGAAGAGAAGGCCCAGAUUUACCUCCCUGGUGACACAUUGACAAAUUUGGCAAGUGCCAAUUGGAAGGAGAGAUUGGCGGCCAUGGAAAAUUUUGUUAAGGUUUGUUCCUGAUCUGCUGAUUUGUGAGCAGAUUUUCUGUAGCAUGAUUCAUUGUUUUGAAAUAACCCUCUGUAAAUGGUAAGGUUUUCCUCACUGCAGGUGUGGGGGGAACUGACGUAUUUAUCGUUAGUUAAAUCUGUGUUUUAAGUUACAUUUGAUCUGAAUAUAGAGAUAUCUUCACAUUUACUUAAAAGCAAAGGCAAUUGAUGAAAUUACCAGACUUUUACAAGUCUGGUAGGAGUUGUUUGUAAAAUAUUUUAUAUUCAGGUAGUUUUAUGAGUGAAAUAAAAACUGAGCAUGUUCUGCAUCGGCUCAUGAAAUGUAAAACAGAGAGGUCACCUAAAAAAUAAACCUACUUAUAGUGAAUCCAUUAAUAAUGGACCCAUUAAUAAGGAAACCACUUGGGAUUAAACAAGGAGUGAAGCUUGUGCUCAAAAUAGAGAUUGUAACAAUAAUAAAUUACAGGUAGUCAGCAGCACCGGCAAGGAUGACAUACCAUGUCAGGUGUGCAUCAGAGUACUCAACAACAAGCCUGGUCUUAAGGAAACCAAUUUUCAGGUACUGCAACCUUCUUUUAUUUAUGAGUUUAAAAAAAAAAUUAUGUUGAUAAAUUUCAAAAAUGUUUCGAUGAAAUAUAGUUAAUCUACAGAUAUCUGUUAUUGCCAUAACUUUACACUCUAAGAAUCAACAAUAAAUAUCUUAGUGUAUAUUUAGCUUUAAUCCAUAAAUGACAACAUGCAUCUAGGGAGCAGGAGGACUCACAGUUUGUGAAGAUUUAAUAUGAGGGAGUAUAAAUUGUGUGACAAAUUUGUCAUGAUUUUCAGAAUAAGCAAGAGUAGCAUGAUGUCAUUUGUUGAUGGCCCCUUGUCUAAUUUUUACAUUCACCUUAAUUCAAGCAAAAUUAAAUUUGUUAAAAUCCUGGGCAAAUAUUAGGCAGUGCCAUUAAACUUGGUUAGAAGAUGAUUCAGUAUUGCCAUAUUUUGUGUCUGCUGCAGGUUCUAAAGUUGAAGUUGGAGCUGAUUGUCCACUUGGCACGCAAUGCCAGGUUCUCCAAGAGGUGUGCAGAGUUUGUUCUAACGGAAAUUGUGGACAAGUUGGGUGAUGCUAAAAAUGGAGGUGUAGCCAAGGAAUGUCUGACAGCAAUGGCAGAAGCCAUAGGUCUGGAUUACGUCAGCUUAGAGGUCUGUGUGUUUAUGUAUAUCUUUCUUUUUAAAUUAUGUAGAAGUUGAGAUUAGAUCAAUAAAUUGUCCAGUGAAAUUUUAUGAAGUUAAAAAAAAACCCAAAAAACUUAAUGAAAGCAUAAUUUGCUUAAUAAUAAAACACUGUCUUUUAUUUAACCUUAUAGACUAUUUUUCUUUUAUUCAGGAUCAAAAAUGUUUAAUAAUCAACAAAAGUAAUGGCUUUUAUUAAGAUUAAAUUUAAAAAAUUUUAAAAACGUACACCCUCUUUCCCAGGUGAUGACUCGUGCAUUUGAGCAGAAGAAUCCUAAAAAUCAGCAGGAGACACUGACUUGGCUGACAACUGCUAUCCAGGAGUUCGGCCUCAAGUAAGUUCUAAAUCUUGAUAGAGACCAGUGUGACUGUAGAUAACUUGUUACAGUGCACUUUGACUGUAGAUAAACUUGAUACAUAGCACUGGAACUGUAGAUACACAUUGGGCUGUUUAGACUUGGAAAUAAAGUAAUGAGUUUUGUUCUUGUUUUUUUCUUCUUAGUUCAAACUGAACUUUACUUCAUUUAUUUAUUAAUCUUCCAACUACAGAUUGAGUGUGAAGGCAUUAAUCACAACAAUCAGCAAGGCUCUAGCAGCCACCAAUCCAGUAAGUGGAUAUUUUAGUAUGAUAUUUUUUAUACUCAUAAAAUUAUAUAUGGAGUGAUCAAAUGUCGGUCAUGAUCCAAUUUUAGACUGGGUGUGGAAAUAAUUUAUUUAUUCAUCACCAUUCUAAAAAAUUGCUAUUUCAUGUCUCAGUGGGAAAUAGGUUCAUUUGGUUCUAAUUGUAAACUUUUCUAAGAGUAGAAAGAUAUGUCCAUAAUUUUUAACAAAGGUCAAAAAAGAAAUGGCUGAAAAAUUUACAGAGGCCAUCGAUUUAGCCUGCACUAGUCAAUUUAAGUUGGCUACCAGAGUGAUUCCCACCUGUUAAACUAGCUCAUUAUUUGCCUCUGUUGACAACUUUCUUAGACUCUAAAAGAAUUACCUCAGUUUUAUUACUGUUUGUGUAAAAUUACUGUUUGUGUAAUUCAAAGUCAACAUCUUUAAAUGCUGAUAUCUUGUACCACAGGGUGUGAGGCUGGCAGGCAUUUCUUUGCUUGGUGUCAUGUAUACAUACAUGGGAGACCCGCUCCGGAUGUUCUUUGAGAAUGAGAAGCCAGCCCUCCUACAGCAGAUUGAUGCAGAGUUUCUGAAGGUAAACAUUUGGUUCAUAAAUUACAUAUCAGUUUUUGAAGUCACUGUAUAUACUCAUUAAGCUUUUUUUUUUUUUCUGUUGAAAUAUUUCUUAAGAAUGAAGUGUGAUGGUUGGCUUAUGAGCAGGUGAGGAGAUUUUAAACAUUUUCUCCAAGUACAUUGGAUAAUGAAAAUGUUAUUGUAUAUCCUUGAGGCCCUCUUCUACUGAAUGUUCAACAAGAUUCUAAUUUGUUAUUAGAAGCUUUAUAUAUUAAUAAAUAAAUUCACUAACCUUAAUUACUUAUUUAUAUUCUUCUUGAUGUAUAGUUUUAAUGUCAAGUUUUAUAAAUUUUGAUUUUAACAAUUUUUACCAUGCCAAACUAGGGGGGUCGGCUUAAGAACGAACAGGCUUUUGAAGAUAAGAUAAGAUUUUUUAUGGAUACAAAUAAAUGUAAAUGUUUAUUAUUACAAUGUACAUAAUCAUUCUUAGCACAUAGAUAAAUAUUCUAAGCGUGAACAAAUUUUAAACUAGAAAAAUUUAACCACAAGACAUCGUAAGUUUUUCUUAAAUGAGAAAAACAGCCAUCACAUGCUAUAGAACCUCACCCUCUUAGUGACAAUAUUGAGUGUUUAUUUAGAUUUUGUAACUGCCAGGGGGAGCAGGCUGGUAUAUUCUGAUGGAUUGGGGGGGGAGGGGGGGGCGGUUGAACUUUUUAUAUAUUUAAGCCCUAACUUUGACCUGAUCUUAGGUAUCUGUGGUGAAGAAGGUUGGAUGUAUCCUCAAAGAUAGUUUUUAGUUUUACAGAUGCUUUUUGCUUCAAAUAUCUUCUUCAAGCGAAGGUAGUUUUGUUGGCAUGAUGCUGCUUUCUUUCUUGUUAAGGCUAUUUAAUCUGUUUUUAAUGAGAAACGAAUUCCCACACCGGCAGGUAAUACUGAAGUUCAAUAGGUUUCCAAUGGAUAUGCUCUAGAAUGUUAAUAAUUUGUAUGCUAAUAAUUCUUAAUGCAGAAACUUUAUAAAAUUUGCAGAAACUUUAUAAAAUUUGUUAACAUAGAAAAGUUUUUGGUUAACUUUUUUAAAGAAGAAUUAAGCCGUGGUCAUGCCAUGUUUACUAUUAUUAAUGGUGACACCUAGGUACCACUAUGUCUCUAAUUGCUCUAUACUGUGAUCUUUUACAUUUAGUUGUACAAUUUGGUGACGACCCCCCAAAAACGAAAAUGUUUUUUUUUACUUUAGUUUUUGAGCUAUUCAGCUGAUAUACCUAAACUAAAGCAACAAAGUUUAAAAACAAAGGAGGGCUCAAAUUGAAGACAAAAAAGAACACACCUUUCUUUUGUUCAUUUUUUUUAAUAGACAAGGCUUUUGGUUAUAACGUUAAUAUCUUUGAUUGUUCUUCAAUAAGCCAACAUGCUUGUUCUUUACACUUUUAAAAGAUAUAUAUUCUUCUUCUUGCGGCCUACCCUCUUCUAAUUACUUGAGAGAUAUUUUGAAUUUUCCAUUUUUAAUAUGAUAAAAGUUACUGUGACAGGUAUUUUUACUGAUCCAUUUUAUUUACCCACCAGAUGAAAGAUGUGAAGCCAGCAGCACCAACGAGGAAAGUCAUUGGUGAUGGUAACGACAAUGAAGAUGAGGACCAGGCUGAUGGAGGGGAGGAUGAAGAAGAUGGUAGUGGAGAUGCAGUGGUACAAGACUUGUUGCCUAGGACUGACAUAAGGUACGUUACUGAAACAAUGUGAGCUGCUGCAUGAACAAUUUCAAGAUUUUAUUCCUGUCAUGCUCGUAUCCUAUUUCAAGGGUCUUUUAGCAUUAGUAGUGGGUGAGCAAGUAAUGGAUACACAAUGCCACUAGAAACAUUAACUAAAAUAAUGCUUAGACUGUUCAUAACUAUAAGAAAAACCUAUCUUCAUGUGCAGCUUUAGACAUUGUCUAGGGCAGUAUUAGUGUUGUAUAGACGUGUAUAGACAUUGUGUAUAUCAUUUGUUGCUUUUAUAUUUUGAUGACAGUGACUUACCUUUAAUUGGCUAACUACUGUAAGCUGCUGGUGGUGCCGAAAAUUCCUUCAAUCAUGGCCAUGAGCCGCUCUGCGUCAUUUUUUUUCUCCAUAGUAAUAAUAGUUAUAUAUUUACAUUUUAACUUUCGUUUCGGUUCGAGAUUUUAAUUUACAGACAUGAUGUUAAUUAAAAAAUCACAUGUAACAGUCAGAAUUUAAAAUACAUUUUUUGUUAUCCUGAGGUUAGUUAGCAAUUAGCAUGGCAACUAGCAUGAGGUUACCAAAAUCAAAAUUACUGUAAAUAAGUUGGAAAUAUGUUCAUCCAAUUGUGGAUUUUUCUAAACUUGGAAACCUUUUCUAAUUUGGUGUAGAUUCGAUUACAUAAACUAUUAGAAGUAUAAAUAAUAAUUAACUAUUUUGGAAAUCCAAAAUUUGAAGGUUGGCACAUUUUUAUAGUUUUUGUAAUGCUUUUUUCAUGUAAAUAAAAAAAAAAAUAUUGACCAAAAAAAAUGUGUUUUAGAUUUAACGUAAAUAAAAUUCAUUUAUCUACAAAAUGGUAUGUUAUUACCGAGACAGCCCUGUUGCGCGUCGUAAAGGACCUUCUGUCAUCUUAUGGCGAGGGCAAGAUAUCGCUUUUGUCGCUACUCGAUCUAUCGGCUGCGUUCGAUAUGCUUAUCCACGACAUACUUCUCCAACAUCUGGAAAAUACGUUUGGUUUCACCGAUACCAUCCUGGAAUGAUUCCGUUUGUAUCUAACAAAUCGGGUCCAAUCAGUUAUUGCAAACGGCUUGACCUCGAAGCAAUCUUUCAUCUAAUUCGGAGUACCCCCAGGGCUCAGUCCUAGGCCCAGUGCUUUUCACAAUGUACGUUCAGCCCGUGGGUGCAGUGAUCAAGCAGUUUGACAUGCUAUAUCACAUGUUCGCGGAUGACACCCAACUUCGGCAAUCUGUGAUCCACUCUCAGUUCCCUCAGGUUCUUAGUAUGACACAGAAGACAGUGGAGUCAGUUACGCACUGGAUGACUAUAAACAAGCUUAAACUGAAUGAUGAAAAGACCGAGCUGAUCCCCAUUGCUACCGCUCAAAAGCUAAAAUAUAUAAAUAACACACAAACCCUUGCUCUCUGGGGUGUAUAGAUAGAGUUUGCUAAAACAGUGCGAAACCUGGGUGUCUAUUUAGACAGAACACUAACUAUGGAAAAUCACAUUAACAUGCUUUGCAAGGCGAUUUUUCUAGAGCUGCUAAGACUUAGAUGCAUCAAAGAAGCUGAUGUCUGCAUUCGUGCUAUCACGCAUGGACUGCUGCAUUGCUCUUAUGGUGGCUCCUAGAUAAAAUUAGAAAAGCACAGAAUAAUGCGGCUCGCACUGUUCUUCGCAAACGCAAAUUUGACCAUGCUAAAACACUUCUGAGAGAGUUGCAUUGGCUGCCGGUCCGCGCUCGCAUAGAGUAAAAAAUUGCAACUCAGUGCUACCCCUGCUUGCAUGACCUGGCACCGUCAUAUCUCAAAGAGCUGCUGACGCCUUAUAUACCCACUAGACAACUCCGCUCAUCUGAUAGUGGCAAACUCUCGAUACCACGUGUUCGCCUUGAGACUUACGAAGGGCGUACUUUCGCAUUUGCUGGCCCAACAAUUUGGAACACCCUUCCUGUCGCUCUCAGAAACAGCCAGUCACUGGAGUCUUUUAAAACUGAUUUGAAGACAUAUUUAUUUUGCAAACACCUGCUGGGAUGUUGUCGAUCUAGAUAUUAUCUUGUGGAUGUGUACUGCCCUGUGUUUUUAUGGUUGUUAGGUAUGUAAGACUUAGUAUGGGUAUUCUCGUAUAGUUUUUGCAAUGUUGCAUUUUGUAUUUCAAUGUGGUAUAUUAUAGAUUGUUUCAUUUCUCUUUUAACAUACUAGACUCUGUACAGCACUUCGAGCCUUUGGGGAUGAAGCGUGAUUUUCAAAUUUACUUUAUUAUUAUUAUUAAAAACAUGUUAAAAAUGAAGAAAGCUGCAACUGAAUUUUUACAUAGGCCUGCAUGAGAGAAAAAUGUUAACUACAUUUAAUUCAGCCACAGACAUUUUGAUAAUGUGGUAGCUAAUCAUUUAAAUUACUUUUUAUUAUUGAACACAAAAAAAUCCAUCCAUUAAAAAGAUGAGGUGUGCUAAGAGAGUUAAAAGUUUCUUUUGAAUUUAUUGGGUCAAGAAAGAAAUAAUUUAUCCUGGAUAUAAAUAUAGCAUGGAGAUCUUUUUAGGAAAACUUAAAAAAAAAACAACUAAAUUAUAUAUUUAAAAAUCCAACAAGAAAUGCUGGGAGAGAUUUUGUUCAGCUGUCUACAAUUAUUCAAAUUUUAUUGAAAUUUAAGAUGUAUCCCAAAUAAAUGACGAAUGUCUUCUGUUCAUUCUGAAAAUAACUAUAUGGUAUGUUAAUAAUAACUAUAUGGCAUGUUAAUAAUUGUUAUAAAAUAUCAUUUGUUCAGAAAAUAGUAUUUUUAUAUUAUUAAAUACUAAACCCAAAUAAUAGAUUUAAAACAUUUAAAUAAAAACUUUUUCAUUCCAAUCAAUAAGGUUUCUCUUAAGGUAUUAAAAUUCUUAAAGACACAUGUCAGGUUCAUCAUUUAAUUCAUCAUUUAUAAUUCAAUAGUACAUUUUUUUCCCCUCGUCUUGUUACGAUCAGUUGAUAGAAUGUUUCCAAGUUGACAAAAAGUAGAAUUUUUUUUUUUUUUUAGAUGUGUGACCAGAUUUCUGCUUGAAAUAAAGCUAUACUAUAUUUGUUGCCCAAAAGAAAUUUAAUUUGUCAGUUAUUUUUAUGAUGUUGGGAUUUUAAUAUCAAUUUUUCAACCUGUUGUCUCUAUAUAGUUUUAAUAGAGUUUAUGCAAAUUAUGUAAUCUUCAACUAUUUUGCUCUACCAUAGUUAAUAGUCUGUUAUAUUUAACAGUGAAAAAAUAACAGAUGAGCUUUUAACAGAGAUGACCGACAAAAAUUGGAAAGUACGAGGGGAGGGUUUGCAAAAAGUUAUAAAUAUUUUGCAAGAGGCAAAGUUUGUCACACCAAAUCUGGGAUCUCUCCCUGAGGCGCUUAAGGCUCGUCUAGGAGAAUCUAAUAAAAAUCUGGUAAGUAAUAGUUUAAAGUUGCCUGUUUUUUUUCUUUUUUCAGUGUACAUUUGACACCUACUUUCCUUAGUGUCUUCUUUGAUCUUCAUAUCUGCUGUUUAUUCUCAAGUCUGGAAAACUCUGUUUAUGUUUUAUAUCUAAUAAAAUUACUCUUGAAUAUUUAAAAAAAAAAUAAACCCACUGUAUUUGUACUAGAUGUUUUUACAUCCGUUAUGACCGUUUCCACAGCAAAUGACAACCAUUGGGAUUUGUUCAACCCUAGCCACAUCCCUAGGGUCACAUUGCAAAGGACCUUUUAAAGUAAUUGGCCCGGGCCUUCUGAUGUGCUUGGCUGACUCCAAGGUGAGCUGUUUGCUAGUCUGUUGUUUAAUAAGAAGGUGCAUGUUUUUUUUUUGUGCAUAAGAAAUUGGUCAGUCAAAGGGUAAAAUGGUUGACUUGGUAGUAAAAAAAAAUAGCUCAGAGACUAUUAAACUAUGUAAUAUAACUAGUGACCUCUACUACUACAUUGAGUAUGUGAUAAAACAGGUGAUUGUGAAUGCUUAAAUUUUGCAUUAAAAAUUUUUAAUAAUUAACUUGGAUGUCCUUAUUUCAAAAUAAGGUUUGUUACAUUUGUGUGCUUUAAAUAUUUGAAAGAAUUGGAUAUCAUGCUCUACUUAGAGAAUCAUGUCUCAUUAUUGGGAACUUCUUUAAUAAACUCAUGUUUCAUGGCUAAUUAUAUUCAUUUGCUAUUAAUUGCAUCAAAAUUUGACCUUGACAGCCAGCUUUGAGAGAAAAGGUCAUAGCAUGUUUAAAUGUUUGGGUGGAACAUGCCACAAUGUUGCCACUAGUGGAGAGUGAAGCCUUCUUAGAUGCCCUCAAGACAGAGAACCCUUUCCUUAGAGCAGAAGUAAGUUAAAUUCGGUCCCUACUUACAAUGGGCCUUUUCCCUAUUCUCCUUUCAAAAAAUUGAUCUUGUUGACUUCCUGUUGUUGUUUUUUUGUGCCAACAUCUUUUUAAGCUAACCUUAUUUUUCUCUCAUUUUGAAGUUGCAUUGCUCUGGAUUUCAAGCUUUUUGAUAUCUUGUACUUUCCCUAGGUCUUAAUUAUAGUAAUAGGUCAUUAUUUCUUACUUCAUCCUUAUAUAAGGAGAAUAUCAGCAAUCUUGGCCACCAUUUCAUCAGUGCAGAUUUUUAGUUUUUUUUUUUUUUAAAUUGUAGAAUACAACAUUUAUAAAAUAUUGAAAUACCAAUCUAUUAUGAGAAAUAGUAAAUAAGGCUAAGCUGUGAAGUUAUGUAAAAUCUUUAGUCUUUUUGUCAUAUGUCAGACAGACAGAAUUUGGAAACAAUCUUGGGGGUAGGGGCUUUAAGAGGAUGUUGGAUGCAAAAAGGUUAAUUGAGUGAACCUGCAGCCUGUUAUUCUCAUGACUUGCAAUACUAUUUAAUUGGCAUGACAUUAUUUUUUUUUGUACUUAAAUGUAAUUGUGAAAUAAAUGUUUAUGCUAUGGUCUAACAACAAAAUAUUUUGGUCUUGUUUUUUUAAUUUAAAAAAAAAUGUUUCUUUUCUUUCAGCUCCUUGGAUGGUUGGCUGAAAAACUCCCAUCCCACAAACAGCUGCCUGUAGAGAUAAGAGCAAUAAUUCCCAAUAUACUGACAUGCUUGGAGGACAGGAAUGCAGAUGUGCGCAAACGUGCUGGAGAUGUGCUUGUGCCAAUGAUGAUCCACACAGGAUAUGAUCCUUUCCUGAAAGCUCUGGGAAAGUGCAAGGUAAGUGUUUGAUGUUUUAUGAAGCUGCGCUUAUUCGUACCCGGUUACCAGAAGUGAGAGAUUGGGAUUAAAAAAACUAUUUAAAAUAUUAUUGUUGGGUUUGUAAGACUAAUGAGGUAUCAAAUGAAAGAUACUUGAAUGGAUUAUAUGUUUGUACCCUUACUUCUUUAGCUUAACUAAAAUAAACUACCACAAAUGACAUCCGAAUAGCAUUUUGUCAAAAUGGCCCUGGACACGCACCCGGGUCCCAUUAGACAAUAAUAUUUUAAAUAGUUUUUUAAUCCCAACCUCUCACUGGUAUGAAUAGCCAGUUCGUUUUAUGAAUGCUUAAAAAGUCACUCACAUGAUAGAAAUACUUAAACUGAAAACAGCUGAACUCCACAGAGGCGAUUUCUAUAAUUCCUGUAUAAAUCAUUAAUGAGGGUAUGUCAAACUAAAUAAGGGCAAGGAAUCUAGAAUCAGUCAUCAGCAGUAGAAAAUAGGAACAGUUAAAGGAACGCUAUAUCAUUUAAUUGGACUUAGAUUCUAAAAUGACAGGGGAAGGUAAGAGAAUUAAAUCUUUUUGGCUAAUUAUUGUUAGGUGGAAUUUUUGUGACUUUUAUUUGUUUCAUUCAGCCUGCCACCAAAGACCAGAUUCAACCUUUACUAGAGAAAGCCAAGCUGGAGAUCCCAGCCAAACCUGCUAAGACGGCCCCCAAGAAGGCAGCCCCAGCUGCUGCACCCCAGAAGGCUACCAUCAAGCCUGCCCCAUCCACUUCCAGCAUAUCAGCCAAAUCAGAUGAUGCUGAUAUGGAUGAUGAGCCAGCAGACAGGCCUGUCAAAGUAGAGAGUAAAGCCAAAGUUGUCAAAGGAAAGGGAAAGGUAAGACUGUGACGUGACAAUAUGUCACUUAGUCACUAGCAUUAGUUAGUGUCACAUGAGAGUAAAGUGUAAUUAAAAAAAAACAUUUCUAUGUUUGCAUAAUGUAUGUUUGUUUUUUGUAAUAAUAUACUUAACCUUGGGUGGCCUUCCUUUCUUGCUGUGUCUGUCCAAAUUAACUCUAGAACAUCUAACACAGAAAUGGUCUUUACCUUGUCCUACUAUUUUCUUUAGCCAAAUAGUUUUCUAUGAAGAAAUUUUAUUUGUUUUUUUUAUCCCCCCCCCCCCCCCAACUUUCCAGAGUUAUGCCCCCAACUUUUCCUCUAUUAGUUAUGUGUCUGUUGGUCAGUCUAUAUCUAAAUGUGUCAAAGAUGCAACUUCUGUAAUUUACAAUAGUCACAGUGUAUGCAAUAAAACACAAACAACUGCCAAACACUUAGUGUUAGCAUUUGAUGCCCACAUGUUUUGAUAAGUUUUUUCUGCUACUUUCAGCCUGCAGUGGUUGCCAGCAGUAAGAAAAAGGAAGAGGAAGACUGUGGGCCUCUGAUGAACAUGACAGUUUCCAAAGAUCAGAGAGUAAAGGAGGAAAAGGCCAUGAAGGUAUGUGGGUCAACAGUUUAACCAAAAUGAUUACCCUGAUGUUUAAAAAAGGCCAUGAAGGUAUGUGGGUCAACAGCUUAACCAAAAUGAUUACCCUGAUGUUUAAGUGCAGUGUUGUCAUUUCAGAUGUUCAGCCAAUAAGUUGUAUGCCAUAUUUCAACAACAAUUUGAAUUGAAUUUCACAACUUUUUUUCCAUGUCAGGUUCUAAAAUGGAAUUUCAUUGAGUUACGUGGAGAGUUUGUGGAACAGCUUAGAGGUCAAAUGGAGAAGAAUUUCAACCGUGCCAUCAUGGUGGACUUGUUCCAUGCAGAUUUUAAAAACCAUAUAAAGGCUAUUGAACAGCUGAUCAAGGUUUGUUGAUAGCAAUGAGAGGAGCAUCCAUGUGGAUUUACAUGUUGUCUUUCAUUAAAUUUAGGCCAUCACACGGAAUGUGUUUGUAAUUUCAAGUGUUCAACUAUGACUGUUUAUUUCUUCUUUAGUUUUAAUAACUCCCAAAAAAUAAGCUCAGUCAAUUGAGGCAUAGUCAUAUUUUCUGCAAGAAACAGCUAAGAUUAUUUUGUACAAAUAAUUUCAGUGCUGUCAAAUCCUCUUUUAUAAAAUAGGGUCUUAUUCUAUUUGAAGAAUUUUUAUCUGUGUUGAUAGUAGCUUAAACAUCCUUUAUUAUUACACAGUUCUUACUGUUUGGAUUAGAUACAAAUUGGCAGUAAAUUGUUAAGGGAGAUGGUAGUGUCUGUUCACAUUAAAAAAAACUUAACAUAAUUCUAACACAUUUUAAAAACAUUUUUAUAUAAUAUUAGUUUUAAAUUUAUUCUUGACUUUUAAUGUCUUCAUCAAGUACAAUUGAUUUUUUAUUUCAUUUUUAAUAGUGUAUUGAGACACAGGAGCGAGAAACCCUCAACAACCUUGACCUUUUGCUGAAAUGGCUGACCAUCCGAUUCUUUGACACCAAUCCCAGCAUGCUGAAUAAAGCCUUGGAUUACAUCCAGCAGUUGUUUGCCAUGUUGGCCUCACAGGAUUAUCAUCUGAGUGAUUUGGAGGCUGGAUCAUUCAUACCAUAUCUCAUACUAAAGGUUUGGACUAAAGACAUUGAACUUUUAACAGAUGCUGACUCACAGACCCAACUAUUAUGGCAAAUGUCUUUGGUCACUAAAUCAUAGUAUUUUUUUAGGAAUAUACAACAUCUACAGAACUUUAGUGGAUGAUAAGUUAUAUUUUUAUAAGUUAACAUUUUUAAAACUUCUUUAAUUUGUGUGUUUUCUUUCAAUUAACUUUAUAAUAUGCAAUAAAUAUUAUUUUAUUUAUAAAUAUGCAUAUUCAUAAUUUUAACAAGUGGAGAGAGAAAAUCUAGCACUCAAGAGAAUUACUUGAGAAAUUUGUUAAAAACACGGAGUAAGCAUAUAACAUAAUCACUGCACAAAAAUGAGUGCUCAUAUUGGAGAAAUUUAAAGCAUUAUUUAAAAAAUAAAAUAAUUUAGUGAAAGUUGCACAUUGUUUAUUUUAUGCUUUGUCCCAUUACCACAUUGUCAUGCACAGCACACAUGUCUUGUUCCUUCCCUUAGAGUGGUGACCCCAAGGACAAUGUCAGGCGGGAUGUGCGCAACAUUUUGAAACAGAUGUGCAGGAUUUACCCAUCUGUUAAAAUGUUCAGCUUUAUCAUUGAUGGCCUCAAGUGCAAGGUUGCUAAGCAGAGAACAGGUACACCAUGAAAAACUUUGACUGGUCGGGUGGUCUGUUGGACAGGGGAGUCAACAUUUGUUUGGAAGUGAUGGGGUGGAGGAUGCAAGGAAGAAGAAGAGGGAAAAAAAAGUCCACUUUUAACUUUAUAAAAACUGGGGAUGCACAAAAUAAUGGUGCAGGUUGCAGUGGUUUUUUUUGGUGGUUUUUUUGUGUGUGUGUGAACCCAAGGGAAUAUAUGGAUGAUACACUUUGUCACCAGUGGAGUCACAGUAUUUGCAGGAAUUCUCUUUGAGUCAGUGUCAUACUGCGUAUGUGACCCCUCUCAAGAUUUCGCUAAUAGAAUUGACUCUCUUAACCUUUACCAUGGCUUUGUAGCCACAAGGCAGUGGAUAUUGCCUUGACUGCACAGCCAUACAGUCAUCCAUUCUUUGCAGUGGUUAAUUAUCUAUAACUCUUACUUGACACCAGUUAUUUGAUGAGACGUAGGACAUACAGCUUAUACUACCCGUACUGUGUUUAUAUGAGACCCCACAUUUUUAAAAUGAAAUGUCCCUAAAUUUUAAUAGUUAUAACUAACCAUAUUGUCACUGAGAUUGAAAGGCUAUACUAUAUUCACUAAAAUUAAAACCUAUACUACUGUCCCUGAGAUUAAAAGACUAUACUGUUGUCACUGAGAUUAAAAGACUAUACACUGGUGAUUUCAGAGUUGCUGGAGGAGCUGGGCUGCCUGAUAGAGAAUUAUGGCAUCAACGUCUGCCAGCCAUCUCCUGCUCAUGCUCUGAAGAUCAUUGCUGGUCAGAUUGGAGACAGAGACAAUGCUGUGAGGAAUGCUGCCUUGAACACGAUCGUCAUUGCCUACACCAUCCUCGGAGAGAGUGUUUACAAAUACAUUGGCAAUGUAAGUUGGAUGCCUUAGUUUUUAGGGAAAUUCACACAUUUCAUGAUCACCUAUUGACUGGUUAUUUUAAAUCUAUAUUUGUUAGUAAAAUAAAUUUUUUAAAUGUAGAUUUAAAAUAAUUAUAUUAAAAAUAAUAUUGAGCAAUUAUGUCAAGAUAGAGUUCAAUGUGUUAGUUAAAAAUAACAUUUAAUUAAUUUUUUAAUAUUUCAUACAAAGGCAGAUGACAAUACAAGCCAUUAAAAAAAUAAGAAAAUUAGAACAUUACUUUGACAUGUUUCACUUUUAAAAACUGUAACAAUAAAGUUCCUGGUUGAAUAUUUUCAGAGGGGCGUGCUUGUUAAAUAAUUUAUAUUUUCCCUUCAUCUUGUUAAGCUCAAUGACAAAGAACAAAGUCUUUUGGAUGAAAGAAUAAAGAGAGCCAUGAAGAACAAAGAUGCCAAACCAGUUAAGGAACCACUUCAACCACAACAGCCUCCGCAACAGCUUCAACGACCAAAGACGGCGCCGCCAGGAAACUUAGCCAAAGCAGCGUCUCAGUAAGUUUUGUGACUAGCUUUGAUGUGACCAAAACCAACUCUUAGAGGAUAUGUUUAGACAUUGGCUGUUGUUCAUCUCCCAUCAGGAUGAAGUGUUAAAGAAGCUGAGUUUAAAUGAGUCACUGCAAUAUCUUUCUUGUCAAACUCAUAAACAUUAAUUGAAACAUUAAACUCACUUUAUCGUAAUCAUGUUAACAUUGAUUCAUAUGUCACCAUAUUGUAAUUAUUUCAAGAUAUACAUUUUAUUAGGACCAGACGUAAAUAAGUAAUUUCUUUAACGUCCAUGGAAAAAUAAAAAAUGCCGGUCAUGUUACAAAUCAGAAACAAGUUCUAGCUUUAGCUACACAGUCCUCCUUGUUUUACAGCAAUCUUCGAUUUACAUCUUAUUUAAUUAAUUAAUCUAUUUCUAAUCUUUUACUCUCUUAUCUUUCCUGUUAAUCUCAUGCGCAAAUUCUUUGAUUUCAUGGGUCAUUUGAAUAGCUGAAUAUGACUUCCAUUUCCUCUAGACUACAUAUCUAUACAAGCUAAGAGUGUUUGUGUCUGUCUUGAAAUGUUUUGCUGUCGAAGGUUUUUUGGCUGAAAUGUUUACUUUCUGUUAUUGUCCUUCAGGAUUUCCUCACCCUUUGUAUAUUUUGUAUAGUUUCACACAAGCACAUUUAGAUGUAAUAUUGUUUAAGGGGCAACCUGCAGUAUUAUCUUAAGUUGAUUGAACACAACCAGUAGUGGAGUCUUGUGAUAACAUACAACUGAUUUUUUUUUUUGCAUUCAUUACUCUUCGUUCAACAUUAAAGUUCCAGGCUAGCCCUACACUCAUCCAAUGCCUUACCAUACACUGUCAUGAAGCUGUUUAAGUAAUUUAUCCUAGGUGUGCUAAGUACAUGAACUUGGUCUGGUCUCUCAUGAAGUUCAUUGAUGUAAACAUUGAUUUCUAGGCCAAACAUAAACAAACUGGAACCCAUCAAGAGGACGUAUCAAUUGGACAUCGAACCAGAGGACAACUGGGAGCCUGUUGUACCCAGUCUUAUAGAGUUGGACCUCGAGGCUGUCAUGGCACCUGUGACUAAACCAAAGUUCAUGUAAGUAUGUCAGAGGUCACAAGUGUAAUCAACAAGGCAGGAGUAAAAAAAAAACUAUUAUGAAUAAGAACACAGGUACUGAAACUUUUUUUUUUUUUGAGUCUAAUUUAUUAUUAUUUAUUAUUACAGGGAUUUUAUAUAGCACGGUAACCCUGCCUAGAGCUGGUAUCACCGCGCUUCACACAAACAUAUUGGCAAUAAUAAACAUGACAUUAUCACAUUUAUUAAAUUAAAAAAUGGUUUUAUAAAAUUAACAAAUACAACAUCUCCUCCUUCCCCCCCCUCCCCCCCCCCCCCCUCUCCUUUUUUGAAAAUUAUUUUUUUUAAAAAUUAAACAAAAAAAUUUUCUUAUACCAAAUCAAGAAGCCAUGGACGGCACCCAGCAGCAUUGUUUAUCGGUGAGAGUGGGGUAGGACUAAGUCAGAAUAGUAUAAUUUGAAUAAUUUGAUUCAAUAGCAGCUCAAGUUUGAUUUCUCUUCUGUUUAUAAACACUAAUAAUCACAGCAAAUUCAAAAAUGAUUUCACUGCUUAUUUUGGAGCUGAACUAGGAUUCUGAUAAAAUUAUGAUCCGGCCCUCCUAAAAGAAUAAUGAAUAUCUAUGAAGCACUCUGCAUCAAAAAGGUUUCCCACACUUGAUUUAAAAUGUUAUUUUUUUUAGGGCUAGACCUGCUUCUCCUAGCCUGUCUUCCAAGCUUAUAGGAUCUGCUGAUGUGUCUGCCAGCAUUGGCAGUGUUGUGACUCUGAUCUCCGAUGUUGACGUAGGAACCAGUAUUAAAGCAUUGGCACAGGUUGGCCUCCCUUUUUGAUCUCUAUCACCUCAAUGUGUCCAUGACCUCACUGUGUCCAUGACCUCAGUGUGUCCAAUGUUCCUUUUUUUAAAAUACUUUUACUUUAAAAAAAAAAAAAUCAUUGGUGUAUCUAAUUGAUAAACACACUUUUCAGAGUUUUUUAUCGGUCAGUUCUUAUCUGUGUUUUUAUCUAUGUUGUUAUUCGGGGAUGAUCCUGUCAUUCAGCUGAUCUAUCAGUUGGAUGCUGUUCAGUCGUGACAGUUACAGGGAUUUAUCACGUCAAUUAUUGUAAUCUUUCAGAUUGACGAGGUACUCAAAGAUGAAAGAAAAGCUGCGGUGAUGGCCAACCACAUCGACAACCUCCUGGUGGUGAUCACCAUGCAGUGUAAGAUGGGACUAGGGAAGCAUCUGUUAGACUCACAAGUAGACAACCGAGAAGUCAUACGAUUGUACAGGUGUCUACUCAGUACUUUACUAAGUGUGAGUAGCCAAUGGCGGAUACAGAUCUAGCCUUAUGUUUUGAAUGUAUGUUAUUAAAGUUUAGAGUGGGGUUAGCCAAUGGCUGAAGUAGGUCUAGCCUUAUGUUUUGAACAUAGGUUAUUUAAGUUUGGAUUGUGUCUUUUGACUCUUCCCAUUACUUAAGAUUGUAAAUUGAAGUUAAAUUAAAGUCAAGAAUAAACAGAAAGGUUAGAGAAGUUAAUGUUUAAAAGUUGUUAUAAAUAAGUCCAUUGUUAAAUUAGUGGGACUAGGAGUUUUUAGCUUACAUAAUGUUUACGGAUGACCCAUUGUGUCUUAUCUUGAUGGCCCAUUGUUUUCUUAUCUUGAUGGCUCAUUGUGUCUUGUCUUGAUGGCCCAUUGUUUCUUAUCUGGAUUGCCCACUGUGUCUUAUCUUGCUCCAUUGCUUCAUCUGGUAUGUUUUCUGCGUUUCAGAUUUUUGACAAAACGACAAUGGGCAAGAAAGCAUCAACUCACAUUCUGAAGGACCUCAUGCACAGCCUCCUGACAGUCUUGUUGGACACACAGAUUGAACAGCUGGAGGAGGGCCCACAGAUUAUCAGAACAGUCAAUGUCACUGUGGUGAAGAUUAUCAACAAAUCAGAUCCUACACACAUUACUUGGUAAGUCACGCUUACACUGUCUAAGGACUUACUUAGGUAACAUUACUUGGUGAGUCAAGCACACACCGUCUAGGGACUUGGUAACAUUACUUGGUAAAUCACAGAUUUUACCAUCCAGGGAGUGGGUAACAUUAACUGGUGAGUCACACAUACACCUGUCUAGUGACCGGGUAACAUUACCUGGUGAGUCACACAUACAUCAUCUAGGGACUGGGUAAGAUAACUGGUGAGUUAUCCAUACACCAUCUAGGGACUUUGUAAGCUCACCUGGUAAUUGUUUUCCUCAUUUCUCCAGUGCCAUUAUUUCCUUGAUGAGAGAGUGCCUGCAGAGUGAGACAUGUUCCUCCAAAUUCUUGGACCUAGUUAUUAAGGUAAAUAAAGAAAUCUGUUGCAUACAUUGAUAAUUAACAAACAAACAAAAAACGAAAAUUCUUUAUGUUAUGACAAGUUUUGCACAUUAGUGAGCAUCUAUGCUGAGAAUUAGUCCUUUUGCUGCAAUUUAAAAUAAAUGAAGCUUAAUUUGACAAUUUCUAUUAGUUCUUAAAAACUAAGCUGCAGCCAUAAUUUUUUUCCCCAGACCUGGAGCAGCCAAGCUGUUUAAAAAAAAUAAAAUUUAGUUAUAUCUAUAUAUCUUAUCAAUGGAUGUAUUGUUUUGUUUCUAGUGCCUGUGGAAGAUCCUGAACUUGGUGCCAGACAAGAUCAAUGAGCUAAACUGUGACAGUGUGCUGUAUGAGGCUCACCUCUUCUUCCAGCAGUUCCCAACAUCCAGUUGGAAGAGCAGACCCAAUUUAGACAUGCCCAUCAGGACCAUCAAAACAUUACUUCAUAACUUGGCCAAACUCAAAGGGCACAAGGUAAGUUGAUUGUCCAUUAUCUCAGACAAUUUUGACAGCUGUCAAAACAUUUCUACAACUGCUUGGAAGUAUCGGCAAAUAAUUUCAUAUUUACUGGGAAGCUGAAUUUUGUGUCUCUGAUGUUAGUCAUACCAAAGAUUAAUACUUGAACUUUUUGUACCUUACUAGAGAUAGUUGUGAGAUUUAACAUUUGAAUCUUGCCAGUUUUUUUAAUUAGUUCACAGUGAAAGGUACAAAAAAAUUACAACUACUGAUGUAUUUCAAAUGCUGAUGAUAAAUAUUUUAAACUUAUCUAUUUUGUCAUUAGAAAAGGAAGAACCUUCCAUUAACUUAAGAAAUUUUCACAAUGGAAUAUAUUAGUUAAAUUGUUACAGAUACAUGGUCACACGGGCCUGUUGAUUUAUUUCAGAUACUUAGUCAUACGGGCCUGAUUGGUGCAUCAGAAAACUCUGAGGUUGAGGCUUAUCUUCACACAGUACUGUCAAAGAGUGGCGGUAAACAGGAAGAUGCUAGUGGAGAAAGGGUCAAGGUUGGUAGAGCUCACUUCCGCUGGACAGUUAUUGCAAUCCUAAUUUUCUCAGUAGGCUUUUCUUCCCCUCUACGCCAUGUUUGUAAAUAUUUUAUGGUUUUCAUGAAAAUGUGUUUUAAAAAAAACAAAAAAACUGUUUUAUAACUGGCUGGCAUUUUCAAAGUAUUGCUGACUAUUUUUAGGACAUCUCCAGUGUUGGCAGCCUUUUCUUGCAAUUAUGAAUACUCAUUAAGUCAUGUCCCCCAAACAGGAUUGUAGAAUUUAUGAACAGACAAGAAUUGUAUCCACAGCCAAUAUUCCUAAUUUUGACCUCAUAUAACUUCAACUCUAAACACUGCACUUGAGAUCAGAACUGUUAAAUUAUUCCUUUUUGUCCUUUAUAAUUUGUAGAGUGCAUCGAAGAGCAAAAAAGUUUCCAAGACACAUGAAUUACUUACAGAGAUUUUCAAGAAAAUUGGCACCAAAGAAAAUACUCGUGAGGUAACUAUCGUACAUCAUUUGAAAGCAAGCCUAACAAAAAAAAAAUGUUUGUGUAUUAAUCUUAUAUUUCAUUUGUGUAAGAUUUUUACGUUGAAUUUAAUAUGAGACCAAUUGAUUAUUAUUGAUUUGAUCCAUACCUUUGAUGUUAAAAGUGGAUUUAUAUUAAAUUUAGAGAAAAUAUGGGACAAAAGAUUUUAAUUUCACUUAAAAUUACAGACAUACCCAAUUUUAUUGUCAUUUCAUAUAUUCAUAUCACACAAAUGGACUUGACCAAUGUAAUUGUGAAACUUCAUAUCAUACAGGGACUGAAUGAUUUGUUUGACUUCAAGAAGAAGUAUCCCGAAGCUGACGUGGAGCCCUUCCUGAAGAAAACCUCCCCCCAUUUCCAGAAAUACAUCAGCACCAUGCUGUGUGACAUAGAAGAGGAGAGGAGAGGAAAGAAGUCAGGAGGUGAGAGAACUUGGAUUGGUUGUAUUUGGCAAUGAGGUGAAGGGAUGGUCAUAGCUGGUUGUAUAGACAGCCCAUUGGGCAUACACCAACAAAUGGGGUCAGAACUGACAGUCCGAAACCAACAGUUUGUGUCAGGCCAAAAUCAACACUCUUGUCAGGCCAAUACCUAUGCUGGUGUCAGGCCAAAAAUAACAAUUGUGCCAGGCCAAAACUAACUAUGAUGUCAGGCCAAAACCUAGGCUGGUGUCAGGCCAAAAAUAACAAUGGUGUCAGGCCAAAGUACUUUUUCUUGACCACUCCAGAGACUGAGGAAGCAAGAAAUGAACAUAUGAUUAACCACCCAAGUCAGGUGGUCAUUAUAUUCAUAUAGUAAAUACGUUUAUCUUAUGUGUAAGCUCUUUAUGGUAGUCUUAAUCUGUGUGAUGAUUUGAAAGUCUUUUUUAAUUUAAAAAAAAGUGGGGGGUGAGGGAGGUAAUGUUUCUUUUAAAAACCUCAGAGGCGCAGGAUGGACCCAGAGGACUUGGACAUGGGGGUGGGGGGAGACAGAGAAACAUUUUUUGUAACAAAAAGCUAUUAUCUCUGUCUAACCCUGAACGAUCUUGUAACAAGAAAUCAUUAUCUUACUCUAACCAAUACCAUCUUGUCACAAGAAGCCAUUAUCUCUGAAGCUUUAUUUUUUUUUGUGUUCCAACUCUUGUAGGAGACAACCCCAGUAUAGGCGGCUACCACCAGAACUCUCAUGAGGAUGUGGCCAAUGUGACCAGCUCAUCUGACCAGGAUCUACCAGAUGUGGAUUUUUACAGGGAAAAGUUGAGAGAGUUGAGGGCCAGGUGUGGCUUGGAUAUUAACAACUCUGAGGAGGUGAUGAAGAAUUUUAUUGAUUAUUUAAUGCAACUUUUAAGGGAUUAUUUACUUUUUUUUUUAGUUUAGGCUUACCCUGUAGUGUAGUGCUUUUUAUAGAUGAAAUAUUCAACCCUACUGUGGGGCAUGUCCUGUGAAAAAUUCAAUGCCUAUUUGGGGCAUGUUCUAUCAUGUGGUGGAAUUUUCUGUUGCGUGGUAAUAAGCAUGUUAACGUGCCGCAUUUCAACAAAAAUCGUCAUAGACAUUUAUUAAAUCAUGUACCAUCAAAGAUAAUCUUUGGAAAUAACUGUUCCAAUUACUGGUCUCAUGCAUCCAUCCAUCCUUAUAAGACAAUGAUGUAGCCCUGUUCUUUAUUUAUUACUUAACUAGCUGUGAGAAUAGCUUGCACAAUGUAAGACCUAUGUCUGCAUUUAUUCACAUGACCUUCUGCCCUCAUCUCCCCAACUUGCACAAUGAAAGACCUAUGUCUGCAUUUAUUCACAUUACCUUCUGCCCUCAUCUCCCCAACUUGCACAAUGAAAAACAUAUGUCUGCAUUUAUUCACAUGACCAACUGUCCUCCUCUGCCCAACUUGCACAAUGAAAGACCUUUGUCUGAUUUUAUUCACAUGACCUUCUGCCCUCCUCUCCCCAACUUGCACAAUGAAAGACCUAUGUCUGGAUUUAUUCACAUGACCUUCUGCCCUCAUCUCCCCAACUUGCACAAUGAAAGACCUAUGUCUGCAUUUAUUCAAAUAACCAACCGCCCUCCUCUGCCCUCAGAUUGACAGUAACAAAACUGCCGGCACAAAAGUGGUCACAUCUGGCAACUCAGUUGACGAACCUGACCAGGCAGAACUGGUAGGUAGUGGGUUUAAUAAUUGGUCUAAUUAACCCUUUACAGACCCUGUGAUGACAGAGGUUAAUAGCCUGCCCUCACUGAUGAUCAUUUUGUUUUACAAUAAAACACUGUGUUGUAAAUUAUCAUGAGAUGAAAAAAACAAAUAACAUCACUUCAUCUGAAGAAAUGCAUUAAAUGAAUGCAACUUUUGGUAACAAGAACAAAUGUUUUCCAAUGUAAACAACUUAGUGUUGGAUGUUUUUUUUUUAUAGUACGGUACGUAGUUGUGACUCCAGGAAAAUGUAGAUGAAUAUGACAUUCUUAAAUCUGUUGGAAUAUAAAACUCAUUAACUGAUAUUUAAAGCAGUGUUUUCUGUGUUAAAAUUUACUUUAAAAAAUAAUAAAAUCAUCUAAAAAAAUGUAAUGUAAUAUUAUACGGGAGACAAUUUUUUUUAUAAAAUCCAAAUAUUGAAUCUAGUGGAGAUCGGGUAUUAAGAGAGCAUGUCUCUACAUGUGUAAUUAUGUUAUCUUCAUUUCAGGAGAUUCAGUGGCCAAGUAACCCACCACAAGAGGAGGAACGCAAGCAGUCGGUGGAUGUGACCAGUUUGAAGGCAAGGCUGGAAAAAAUCAAGAAAAUGGCAAACAGCUAAAUCAUUUCCUGUUGGUUUUUUUUUGUCUUUGCUUAUUAAUCAGCUACCGAUAAGACCAUGUAUAAUAACUGUGACACCCCGCCCUUUCCAAACCCCAACCACAUCCGACGUGGGGAUCAAGUAUCCUAGAUUGCUAUGUCAUAAACAUUGAAUUUACCAUAGAGGUAUUCAUAGAUAAGUUUAUCUUGGAAGUGAAUCAAAUUGAAUUGGAUGUUUACUGAACCAUUUCAUUUCAAGCAUUAAAUUGAACAUUCAAUAAAUGUGAUGGAUCAAAUGCUUAUAACAAG